GCCACACGGGCCGCCCUGCGCCCGGCGAGGGGCGUGUGCACAGGCGGGGGACCCGCGGGCCCCAUGUUCACAGAGCUGAGGACCAAGCUGAGCCCCCCGCGAGGCCGCUCCGGGGCUGUGCGCGCCGGCUUCGGGGAGCGCCGCGAUGUGGACGCUGCAGCCCACUUCAGCUUCUGCCGGACCCUCCUGGAGCACACGGUGUCAGCCGAGAGCAUCCCCUGCCACCUGCCCCGGACACCAGGCACCAGCCUCACGUGGCACGAUUCCCGUAGCCAGAGGGCAGCCAGUGGCCGGCCGGUCAAGCUCCUACAGCAGCCUGGCACAGAGGCCCCUCAGGGCCGGCUGUACUCUGACCACUACGGCCUCUACCACACCAGUCCCUCCCUGGGUGGCCUGACGAGGCCUGUGGUCCUAUGGAGUCAGCAGGACGUCUGCAAGUGGCUCAAGAAGCACUGUCCCCACAACUACCUCGUCUACGUGGAGGCCUUCUCCCAGCACGCCAUCACCGGCCGGGCGCUGCUGCGGCUGAAUGCAGAGAAGUUACAACGGAUGGGGCUGGCGCAGGAGGCGCAGCGGCAGGAGGUGCUGCAGCAGGUGCUGCGCCUGCAGGUGCGCGAGGAGGGGCGGAGCCUGCAGCUGCUCAGCCAAGCUUCCUUCGGAAACAUGUCCUAGCUGCUGCCUGAGGCUUGAACCCCAGACCUCAGCACUGUGACCGGAGCCCCUGACAAGGACGAGGCAGGGCUGGCCGCACAGCCCCUUUCGGACCCUGCAAGAGGCCCCAGGGGCCGAGCCCAGCCCAAUGGACAGGUGGGACCAGGCUUGCCACCUCUGGUUAUACACUCCAGGCUGUGCCUGGGAUCGGGCAGGCGGGCACUGCUGUGGCCCUUCCUCCCAGGACCUGAGCCAAGGCCCACCCCCUGGUGCUGCUGGCAGCCACCUGGAGCCACUAUUGGUUUGCCCUCCGCCCCCCAGGCUCCCAGGGAGUCUGCUUAUUUAUAGUCCCUUCACCCAGGUUGAUGUUCGCCCUCCAUCACCUGCAGUCGUGAGUCUUCUGGACACCCUGCCCCCUCCCAGGCCAGAGGUCUGCCCCAGCCCUGUUUGCCUGCUCCCCCAGCACCCCUAGGGCUGCCUACACAGGUGGGGUGAACUGCCAGGCUCCCUGUGGCAUGUCUCUGCCCAGACAAUGGUCAUUGGUAUUGGCCCACCGGGCACCGUGCCAAGUGCUUUCACUCAUUUUUGAAACCCUCACCACGCCCCCGUCUGUUCACGGGCACUGGGACACGCGCCCAAGACCUGACUGGCACAACGAGGACCCCACACCCAGCACUCAGCACCGGGCUCAGGCUCAGCCCCGUCCUGGCCUCAAGUUUAGGGAUGUCUCUCACCUCCCAGGGUCAUGGAGACCCCCAUCUCGGCUUGGCCAUGGCCGGGCAUUCCCAGUGCCCCUUUCCGAGGAAAACCCGGACGCACACGGAACUGUGCCGACGGCUGCACCUUCCACUCGGUGGGCCAGAGGGCCCUGGGUUUGGGACUGGUGCUGCCCGGCAGAGGGACAGCUAGGAUGGUGCCGGCAGCCCCGUGCUCUUGCUCCUCUGCCCGUCGUGCACUCCCCUAGGGGACUCUGAAAAUCACAAGGAGCAGGGAUGGCGGCGAGAGGCUGAAUCCCCAGCCCCUGCUCUGUGUCCUGAGCUGGCCUCAGGAUGGGAGGCUGGUUGUUGCAGGUCCCAUAUGGAAUUUGAACUGGCCUGGUGCCCCUUGUCCCGUGUGUCCCCUGUGGAAGCCCCUCAUCCUGCCUGGCUGUCUUGAGUAUCCCUGGCCGCUUCAUGCCAUCAUGACGUCACCCUUUCCAAGGAGCCGUUCCAUCUCUCUCCCUUUCCCUCCUGGUCUUGCCCCCCCCCAACCCUGCUGUGCUCCUGUCUCGUCUUCCUUGUUUUGCGCUAACUUUUUUAUAUUCUGACAAAAGGCCAGAAAUAAACUUGGUUCUCAAGUG